UCCAGCGGUCUUGUCACUUCGACAUCAUGGCGUAGCGAUGUGAACGGCCGGGGGAAACACUGGUGGUCACGGAGAAGUUCAGAAACCAAGCACUGCGGACUUUCUGGUAACACUACAGGGGACAAACUAACGGAAAUCCCUACUUUUCUUCGAGUGUUGUUCCGGCUUAUCAGUGACUCAAGAUGAUGUCCGAUGCCAGCGACAUGUUGGCAGCUGCUCUGGAGCAGAUGGACGGCAUUAUAGCAGGCUCCAAGGCUCUGGAUUACUCUAAUGGGAUGUUUGACUGCCAGUCGCCCACCUCUCCUUUCAUGGGCAGCCUGAGGGCCCUUCACCUUUUGGAAGACCUGAGGAAUGUCCUGGAGGUAAUGGACACAGAAGAAAGGGAAAGUCUACGCUGCCAGAUCCCCGACUCCACAGCUGACAGUCUGGUCGAGUGGCUCCAUGGUCACCUGUCUAAUGGGCACAUCUCUCUGAGUGGGGGAGACCACUACCAGGAGAGGCUUUCCCGACUAGAGAGUGACAAGGAGUCUCUGGUUCUUCAGGUGAGUGUGCUGACUGACCAGGUGGAGGCACAGGGGGAGAAGAUUCGAGACCUGGACUUGUGUUUGGACGAGCACAGGGAUAAACUCAACGCCACUGAGGAGAUGCUGCAACAGGAGCUUCUCUGCAGAACUGCGCUGGAGACGCAGAAGCUCGAACUGAUGUCUGAAGUGUCCAACCUAAAGCUGAAGCUGAACACCAUGGAUAAGGACGGACUGGACUUUGACAGAUUUAGGGACAGUGAGGAUCUGAUUCUUGAAAUGAACGAACUGCGGUACAGACUGACAGAUCUGGAGGGUGAAAAACUACAGUACGAAAAGAAACUUAAAUCCACAAAGGAGGAGCUAGCCAUACUGAGGAGGCAGCUGGAGGGCAAAGACGGAGAGAUGAGGAGGCUACAGGAUGAGACAGGCUUCAAAGGCGUCGCCUCGAGCAGUGCAGAUCCCACAGAGAGAGUCUCUCAUCAAGAUGAAACUCUUAGAAAGAGGCUGAAAGAAAAACAUGUGGAAGUGCAGAGAAUGAAAAAGGCAGUUGAAUCGUUGAUGGCAGCCAAUGAGGAGAAGGAUCGUAAGAUUGAGGAGCUGAAGCAGUCGCUGCUGCGGUACAAGAAAGUUCAAGACAUGGUGAUGUCAGUGCAAGGAAAGAAAGAGAAAACCAAAGAUGACGAGCAUGUCGAGAUUCACAGUGAUGGUUCCAUCACAUUCUCGCCUGUCGUGUCAGUGGAGCUGCACAAUCAUGAAGUGACAGAUGCUGAACAACUGCCAAGAAAAAGCCCAGACGAGUUGGAAAGCCUCAAUGGAAUGAUGGAAGAACCUUCACCCACACCGAGCCCUUUAGAUCCAGAACGACUGUCGGAGACUGCACCGACAGACGUAGAAAGCAGCCAAGAUGCCACAAAGACUGGCAGCCAGGACCAGCUGGAUAGGAGCAAUAAUGAAAAGAAUACAAGUGAAGAAAUCAUUAAGAUCAGUGAAAAGCCCCCCAUCUGUCCCACUGCCACCUUGCCUGCCAACCUGCCUGCCACCACGGAAGACGAAAGCUUUGGCUCGAGAAAGGCUCGUUCAUCUUUUGGAAAGGGCUUCUUCAAGAUCCGAGGGGGCAAGAAGACAAACAGCACACCUAACCUGGACCGCAGCCGGAGUGCAAGUGCGCCUAUGCUAGCUGAAACAGAACGACAAGGUACCGAUCAUCUGGAUUUGGCCGGGAUGCCACAGAGGUCGACUAAUAGCGACAGCACCCACACACUCCCGACAACCCCAGAGGGCAAGAAGAAAUCCAAAGGAAUAAAGAAACUGUUUGGGAAGUUAAAAAGGAGUCAAUCUACCACAUUUAACCUGGACGACAACCUGCCAGAGGGUGAGUUCAAGAGAGGGGGAGUGCGAGCCACAGCGGGACCCAGACUGGGUUGGUCUCGUGACCUCCAGAGAGUCAACAAUGAAGUUGACGCUCCCUUUGCACGCUGGUCAAAGGAUCAGGUGUGUGACUGGCUGCAGGGCCAGGGGCUCGGCCUUUAUGUGAACAUGGCUCGUGUGUGGAUCUCUUCGGGUCAGACGCUUCUACAGGCCUCACAACAGGACCUGGAGAGGGAGCUGGGAAUCAAACACCCGCUGCACAGAAAGAAGCUGCAGCUGGCUCUGCAGGCCCUCGGCUCAGAGGAGGAGGACAAUAAGGGAAAGCUCGACUUCAACUGGGUGACGAGAUGGCUGGACGACAUCGGCCUGCCUCAGUAUAAGACCCAGUUUGAUGAGGGGAGGGUGGAUGGUCGCAUGCUGCACUACAUGACAGUGGAUGACCUGCUUUCUCUAAAAGUCGGGAGCGUCCUGCAUCACCUCAGUAUCAAGAGAGCCAUCCAAGUGCUCCGACUCAACAACUAUGAACCCAACUGUUUGCGUCGUAGGCCGUCUGAUGAGAACAAUAUUUCUCCAGCAGAGAUUUCCCAGUGGACCAACCAUAGGGUGAUGGAGUGGCUGCGGUCUGUGGACCUCGCUGAAUACGCUCCCAACCUGAGAGGCAGCGGUGUGCACGGAGGCCUGAUGGUUCUAGAGCCGCGGUUCAACGUAGAGACCAUGGCUUUGCUGCUGAACAUCCCCCCCAACAAGACGCUGCUGCGCCGCCACCUCGCCACACAUUUCAACCUGCUCAUUGGCUCAGAGGCUCAGCAGCUCAAACAAGAGUGUCUUGAAAAUCCAGACUACACUCUGCUUACAGCCACCACAAAGGUCAAGCCGAGGAAACUGUCAUUUGGAAACUUUGGCAGCCUGAGGAAGAAAAAGCAGGAUGAGAAUGAGGAGUACGUGUGUCCGAUGGACGUGGAGAUGCCAAAGGGACGAAGCUUUCAGAAAGGCUUCGAGCUCCAAAUCUACGAGGACGACCUCGACAGGCUCGAACAGAUGGAGGACUCUGAGGGAACUGUGAGACAGAUUGGAGCUUUCUCUGAGGGCAUUCAAAACCUGACUAGCAUGCUGAAAGAUGACGAAUUCUUCAAAGAGAUUUCAAAUUCACCGAACCCCAGUGUAACAGACGAGGACUCCAACGCAUGAGACUGACAACACCACGAGACCUGGUCCUGCUGUGAAUGAAACUCUGUGCCAACCCCCUCUCUCCACUCGCACACAGACCUGUCUCAACAAACCCCAAGAAUGCUCCCACAUUUCUUAGUGUUAUGUUUUAAAGAUGAGCCGAAAGUAUUAGUGUCCUCCUUCUUUCAGUGUCAAACGACGGUGUUGAGGAAGCUCCCAGUCCGGUAUCCACUUCUACUCCUGAACUUUGUCUUUUGCUGUCGUCUGAUGACAGAGGGAACAUUGAGGGCAACACCACUGCUCGCCUGCCAGCUGGCUUCUGGAGAUAUUUUGUACUCGGUCGUGUACUCCCGCAGAAAAACAAAGACAAAUGAAAUAUGCCAUAUAGAUUUUAAUAUAUGUCUUUUAAUUUGCCUUCUGACUGUAGAAAUGUUGAAAAAUAGAUGGACUUCAUUCAGAAGUUGAGGCAAUUUUUUUCCCCCCAUUUUUAGAAUUUAGUAUAAAGUAGUAACUCUGAAACAGCUGCUAUGUUUUCUACAGAACUAAGCCCUGCUAAUGAAAAGGAAAUUGUUUUUUAUUUUAUCCUACAACAUUUUACAGGUUUUUCACUCAACAGUAAUAUUCUAUAUGUGUUUGCAUCAGUACAUAUCAUACAGUACAAAGCCUAAUAAAUAUCAUGCAUGAUAUAGAAAUCCAACAUGUUGAUAUAACAGCUUGUUGUUUAUUUUAUUUUUAUUUUUUACUAUAAAUCAAUUUUUAAUGGAACCAUGUUGGCUGACAGAGUUAUUUUUAUGAAGAAAGUGUUUGUGGCAUAUUCAGAUUUGUGAGAUAAUGUCAGAUUUUUUUUUUCAAAAUGAUAAUGUUGUAAUACAACCCUUGAACAUACCUGAGAAAAUAGACUGUCUUGUUUUUUUUCUAAACGUUUAUCCAUUUCUAAGAUCAAUAAAGUAAUUUAAAUCAG